AUGGUGUUUCUAUUUCUGAAAACCAGCUUAUACAAGCAGCCUGUAUUCUUUGCAUCCUUUGUCAUGGCAUUGACAGCUCCAGUGCUACUAUUCGUGGUGUAUCCAAUGAGGAGAGAGGCCGGCUACAAACUACCUCCAGACAUUCCACGUUCAUUCCCUAUACCCGCACGACAACGUGAAUCUGUCACUGGAUAUGAUGAUUAA